AUGUGUGGAAUCUUCGGCUACAUCAACUACCUCGUCGAGAAGGACAGGAAGUACAUCCUCGACACGCUCGUGAAUGGCCUUUCCCGCCUUGAGUACAGAGGCUACGACUCCGCCGGUCUCGCCAUCGACGGCGACAAGAAGAAUGAGGUGUUCGCGUUCAAGGAGGUCGGCAAGGUCGCCAAGCUCAAGGAGCUGAUUGCACAAGAGCAGCCAGACCUCACCAAGGUCUUCGACAACCACGCCGGUAUUGCACACACCCGAUGGGCCACUCACGGCCCACCAAGCAGAGUUAACUGCCAUCCUCACCGCUCAGACCCCAAGUGGGAGUUCGCGGUCGUGCACAACGGCAUCAUCACAAACUACAAGGAGCUGAAGGCUCUGCUCGAGACAAAGGGCUUCAAGUUCGAGACUGAGACGGAUACUGAGGCGAUUGCGAAGCUCGCCAAGUACAUCUACGAUGCCCACCCAACCAUCGACUUCACCACCCUCGUCAAGGCUGUCAUCAAGGAGCUGCAGGGCGCUUUCGGUCUUCUCAUCAAGAGCGUGCGCUUCCCUGGCGAGGUGGUCGCAGCCCGUAAGGGUUCGCCUUUGGUUGUUGGUGUGCGCACCCAGAAGAAGAUGAAGGUCGAUUUCGUCGACGUUGAGUUCGGUGAGGGUGGUGAAGUCCUCCCAGCCGAGCAGGCCAGCCAGAACGUCGCCCUCAAGAAGAGCCCAGGUCUUCUCGGCGGCAACCUCCUCGCACCACCAGACAAGUCGCUUCUUCACCGCUCGCAAUCGCGAGCUUUCCUCUCAGACGAUGGCGUCCCACAGCCAACCGAGUUCUUCCUCUCCUCCGACCCAGCCGCCAUCAUCGAGCACACCAAGAAGGUGCUCUACCUCGAGGACGACGACAUUGCCCACAUCCACGAGGGCCAGCUCAACAUCCACCGUCUGUCCAAGAGCGACGGCACUAGCAACGUCCGUGCCAUUCAGACCCUCGAGAUCGAGCUGCAGGAGAUCAUGAAGGGCAAGUUCGACCACUUCAUGCAAAAGGAGAUUUUCGAACAGCCAGAGUCGGUCGUCAACGCCAUGCGUGGUCGUCUGAACGUGGAAGAGAAGACAGUGACCCUGGGUGGUCUCAGACAAUACAUCAGCACGAUCCGCCGCUGCAGACGUCUGAUAUUCAUCGCUUGCGGUACCUCAUAUCACUCCUGCAUGGCUGUGCGUGGAGCGUUCGAGGAGCUCACUGAGAUCCCAAUCUCGGUUGAGCUGGCUUCUGAUUUCCUUGAUCGUCAGGCCCCAGUCUUCCGCGACGAUACCUGCGUGUUCGUCUCUCAGUCUGGUGAGACCGCCGAUUCCCUGAUGGCUCUGCGCUACUGCUUGGAGCGCGGUGCCCUCACCGUUGGUAUCGUCAACGUGGUCGGUUCCAGCAUUUCGCUCAUGACCCACUGCGGUGUUCACAUCAACGCCGGCCCCGAGAUUGGUGUCGCCUCCACCAAGGCUUACACCUCACAGUUUGUCUGCAUGAUCAUGUUCGCUCUGUCGCUCUCCGAGGAUCGCGCCAGCAAGACACAGAGGAGACUGGAGAUCAUGGAGGGUCUCGGCAAGAUCUCUGAGCAGUUCAAGGCCAUCCUCAAGAUGGAUCAGGAGAUCAAGAACCUGUGCUUGAAGUUCAAGGAUCAGAAGUCUUUGCUGCUCCUGGGUCGUGGUGCACAGCACGCUACCGCUUUGGAGGGUGCCCUCAAGAUCAAGGAAAUCUCCUACCUGCACUGCGAGGCCGUCAUGUCUGGCGAGCUGAAGCACGGUGUCCUCGCCCUCGUCGACGAGAACCUCCCCAUCGUCAUGAUCCUCACCCGCGACGACAUCUUCGCCAAGUCGCUCAACGCCUACCAGCAAGUCAUUGCUCGCAAGGGUCGCCCAAUUGUCAUCUGCAACACCGGCGACAAGGAGUUCCCUGGCGAGAAGACCGACAAGAUCGAGGUCCCACACACCGUCGACGUUCUCCAGGGUCUGCUCAACGUCAUCCCUCUCCAACUCAUGGCCUACUGGCUUGCCGUUGCUGAGGGUCUCAACGUUGACUUCCCACGUAACUUGGCCAAGUCGGUCACCGUCGAGUAG